UGGAAGCGUGCUGUGUCUUGAUGGUGGCGGUAUUAAAGGCCUGGUGCUGAUCCAGAUGCUGAUCGCUCUGGAGAAAGAGGCGGGCAGACCCACCAGAGAGCUCUUCGACUGGGUAGCUGGCACGAGCACGGGAGGCAUCCUGGCUCUGGCUAUAAUCCACGGUAAAUCCAUGGAGUACCUGCGCUGCCUGUACUUUAGGAUGAAGGAGCAGGUGUUCAAAGGAUCAAGACCCUAUGAAUCAGCACCGCUAGAGGACUUCCUCAAAACAGAGUUUGGAGAAAACACCAAGAUGACUGACAUAAAGUUCCCCAGGGUAAUGGUGACCAGUGUUCUGGCAAACAGACAUCCAGGCGAGCUUCAUAUAUUCAGGAACUAUGACCCUCCAUCCGUCUCCAGAGAGGCCCCAUACACCACCACUGCCACAUUCAAGCCUCUCACCAUCCCACAAGGCUGGGAGGAUGAGGAUGUGUUGAUAGUACGAUACACAGAAGAGCCACCCAGAAAGAUAAGGAAGGUGACAGAUGAAGAACAACUUGUAUGGCGAGCUGCUCGCUCCAGCGGCGCUGCUCCCACCUACUUCCGACCAAUGGGGCGCUUUCUGGAUGGAGGGCUGCUGGCCAAUAACCCGACACUAGAUGCCAUGACAGAAGUCCAUCAGUACAAUAAGGCCUUAAAAGCAGAGGGCCGUGAGAAGGACACAAAGAAGCUGGGUAUAGUGGUCUCUCUUGGAACAGGUAAACCUCCUCAGGUGGUGGUGAGCUCUGUGGAUGUGUUCCGACUCUCCAACCCACUGGAGCUGGCCAAGACCUUUGUAGGAGCAAAAGAGCUGGGCAAAAUGCUGGUGGACUGUUGUACAGACUCUGAUGGCUGUGCAGUGGACAGGGCCAGAGCGUGGUGUGAAAUGAUCGACACCAUUUACCACAGAUUGAGUCCCCAACUAUCUCAGGAGGUGAUGCUGGAUGAGGUGAGCGACGCAGCCCUGGUGGACGUGCUGUGGGAGACCCAGAUGUAUCUGUAUGAGAAGAGGGAGGUCCUCCAGUCUCUGGCAGAAUUACUACUGAACAACUAAAAGCACAAGAAAAUCACAAAUGGAGGCUGUGAAGAGUGUUUGAAUGGAGCAGUGAGAUUACUGAGCUGUAUGUCUGACUAAAAACUGUAAUGUGUGUGUUGUUGUGCUCUGUUACCAAACUGAAUGAAUCAGUUUGAGUAUGAGUACAAAAGUAUUAAAUAUGUGGAAAGCUAACCCAGGAAACAACUGACCUACUAAAGCCUGUUUACAGGUGUUUUAUGUAGCAUCAUGUGACCUUAGCACUGAUCCUGUUGUGGUUUAUCAGGUUUACUUCUAACAUAUGAACCAAUGAAGAAGUUGAAGUUGUACUGGGGAAAUGUAAACUGACUGUUACAGUGUCAUGUAAGUUUCCACUCCCCCUACACUGUGGGUUAAUCUACCUCUGGAUUUGUUGAGGUAAGUCUGGAGUGUUUCCUUCCCUUUUUUCUUCACUUGUUCGUCACAUUCACUUCAGACACACACUUACAAAUACACCCGAGUCAUUGAAUUUUUCCCUUAAGCUGUGUGAUAAAAGGGACCCUGAGUUGCCACCAGAGCAUCAGCAGUAUUCUGAGGUGCAGCUGAGAUGGUGGUGAUGUUGAACCAGUUCUGCCUUAUGUGUGGGACCCACAUUUGUACCUUUUCUUCCUUCCGUAGUGAUCUAAUGCCUUUCUGAGUUAUUUAAACUGACUUGAAACGUAAUAUUUAGCCUCAUGUCUGUUGAUAAAAUAUGAUAUUAAUAUGAAAUCUUAAAACUGACAUGAAAGAUA